UGGAUGAGAUGGGUGAACGGAUAAAUGAUUUGGAAAAGCAUGUUGCUGGACUAAUGGCUGAAGCUGGAAUAGAAAAUACUAGUGAAGAUUCUGAACAAACUGAAGAAAUCAAAGAAACCUGAAGACCUUUGAGUAUGGUCUACGUUUAUACAAUUUCAAGAUAUUUGUUAAGACUAUAUACAGUAUAACUAAUGAAUCCACAAGCAAUGCUUUUCUACACUACAUCACUGGCUACAAAGAAAAAUCAAGUUGUAAAUAUUUCUGGCCUAUAUUUCUGCUAUAAUAUCGAAUCAUGCAAGUGUGAUGGGCAGUAAUUUCAGUGGUGGGAUUCAGCCAGUUCGCACCACUUCGGGAGAACUGGUUGUUAACUUUCUGAGCAAUUUGGUGAACUAGUUGUUGGAAGAAAUCACUAGGGCAGAGAACUGGUUGUUAACUUUCUUGAAUGCCACCGAGUAAUUUGAUUACAGAAAUAAAUUCUCCUUUUGAUUUUUUGUUUUUGUUUAAGAGUGACAUUAAAUGUUGAAAACUGGCUUCAUAUUAGCAUUCAAUUCAUAACAAUUAAUACCCUUUUGGUAUGAAUAUAUUUAUAAGCUUUUGUACCAAGUGUAGUUUCCAUUUUUUCCUUGAAGUUCGUUUUCUUGGUACAUCAUGUAUGGAUGUUAAAACUAUCACAUACGAAGAAAGCAGAAUAAGAGUCCAUGCUAAUACGUAGGUAAAAUUCGUGUCAUCUCUACUUUGAUUAGUUUUCCUCUAUUGGGAUCAGGUGUUUUGAACUCAUAUUGCUGUAUCUCACUAAUGCAAUUCUGAACAAUUUAUAUGAUUUUUAGAAUAAUAUUCCUAGAUUAGGAGCCCUUCGUGGUUUAACUACUGCAACACAUCCUACAUGGGACUGCCCUUGAAGAUGACACAGAAGCUUCAAUUGAUCCAGAAUGCAGAGGCAUGGGCAGCAACAGAUAUGCUUUGAUAUGCCUGUGUAAUACCCCUGCUUUGUGAACUG